GUAUGCCGUAACCAUCAUGGCUGCCGAGGUAAAGACCGAAUCUUUUUGUGGACGUAUUUUAUGUGUCGGUCUUGCCGCUCUUGAUAUUGUGAACACGUGUGAGCGGUAUCCAAAUGAGGAUGAAGACGUCAGGGCAAUAUCACAAAUAUGGCAAACUGGUGGUAACGCAUGUAACACCUCAACUGUGCUGGGAGAACUGGGAAUUGAUUGCGAACUGUUUGGGACCAUGUCGUGUGGACCACAGGCUGAUUUUCUUUGUAAACAGAUCAGAGAGCGAAAAAUACGCUAUGAAAACUGCGUUUUCCACAAAAAUUGUGGAACGCCAACAUCUUCUGUCGUGUUGAGCCUGAACAGUGGUAGUAGAACCAUUGUGCACUCCAGAAACAAUCUCCCGGAACUUGAAGUUGCAGAUUUUGUGAAACUUAACUUGACAAACUACAGGUGGAUUCACUUCGAAGGAAGGAAAAACGAGGAAGCUAUUGUGCAAAUGAUUGAUAAGAUCGAGGAAUUUAAUGCGACUCAGUCGUGCAACGAAAAGAUUUCUGUAUCUUUGGAAUUGGAGAAACCUAGAGAAUCUCAUCUUCUUUUACUUAACAAAGCCGAUGUAGUAUUCAUAAGCAAAGAGUUUGCUCGAUUUCGCGGUUUCUCUUCGUCUGCUGAAGCAGUCAAAUCCAUUUACAACAAAGUCAAAUCUGGUGCCGUGUUGAUUUGCGCAUGGGGAGAGGGAGGUGCGGAUGGAAUUGGUCCUGAUGGUGAGAUAAAACACAGUAAUGCCUACCCCCCAAAAGUAAUAAUUGAUACUCUGGGAGCAGGGGACACAUUCAAUGCUGGAGUCAUUUGUGGUUUGCAUGGAGGAUUGACUCUUCAAGACACAUUAGAUUUUGCUUGUUUCCUGGCAGGUGUUAAAUGUGGUAUCCAAGGAUACGAUGGCUUGGCUAAAGCUGUGGCGAGCCAUCAUUGUUGGGAGACUUACAUGAAGGGACUAGUGAGCAAUAACCUAAGGUAACAAUGGUGGAACACAUUUGAGAGAGAAGGAAGUUGUGAUAGGUACAAUAAUGUGUAAGGUACUAUUUAGCCUGGGAAGCAGUCUCCUUUUUCUCAAGUGCCUAGUGGGAGUAGUGCAAGGUGUGAGCUUAGAAAGAGUUAUGUAAAGGCAGAGGGAAAAAGGGAGCAAAUUUCAUAAGAAGCAGGUGGAUGAGAAAUGAAGGAAAGAAAAAGCUUGUUGGUGAGUGUAGCUAUUUUACCAAAAGCCUUAGAAAGUCUCCAUCAGGGCAACAAAGGUCAUGACCUGUCAUGUAACAAACAGUCAUCAUAACCUUCUGUUUAGCAAAAUAAAAGAACACAAUUUUUUUUCCACUUGAGAAGAAUGUUUAACGCUGUCACAUCAAAGAAAUGUGCAAAUUACUUUUGCAUUCCCUGUGACAAAAAGUAUUUCCAAUUUGAAGGUCUCUGAAGAAUCUUUUUUUUCCUUAUUUUUUAAUCAUAUAAUUAUGGACAAUCUUGCACUCUGAUUAUGACAGCUAUGGGGAAAAAAAUAAACCUCUUUUGAAGGCAGCUCCAAUUUUACUUGAUUUGAUCUGAUCACUAAAUUAGCAGUAAGCUCUAGCCAAUCUGUUCACAUCAAUAGCUUUUAUUGAUGUAUAACUGAAUGCAGCUCAUCUUCCCUCCCCCUUGCUCAUAAUUUUCUUUGCUCUUUUGCCCCAUGCCUUUAGCUCAUGCCCAUCUUGCUACUUGCUAGGUUUCAUUGAUUUAUUAGUGAAACCUUAGUUAUGUGGGCAACUAUGGGAUUGCUCCUGUGUCCACUUGAUACAGAUCCUGGUACUAAAAAGGAAAUUGUGCAAUAAUUCUUAACAGUUCAUUUUUGGAGAACAAAUCAACAGACUGAAUUUGUUUGUAAACAGAAUUGUAAAUAGACACCUAUGUUUGGUGGUUACAUUUUAUCACCAACUUCACCAGGAACCUCUCAAACCUUGCUAACAAGGGUGCUGGUUCACUUGUGACUUAAAAAAAUCCUCACUCAAACAAACUUUUUAACUAUGUAACAUAUCAAAUAUUCCAUUAGUGUACAGUGAAACAGCACAAUAGGAGAAAUCACAUUUAUGACAGAAUUGCAAGGGUAUUUAUGAGGUUGCUUUAGACAUCUGAUUUGUGCAAACCACAAAUCUUUCAAGGCCAUGGCAAAUUGAGACAUACCAUAAAUUACAUCAACUUCUGGAAUAAAAAUUAGGCAAAUGUGAACAGAAUUAAUAGCGCCCUUGAUUAAACGGUGAUUUAUUGUUUCCCUAGCUGUCCUAAGUAACUUACAUUUUAGGGGAUUAACCAUUAAUUACAUAAACCUUCCUUUCAUUUCCUUUAAAACUUACACAGUAGAGAUAAGCUUGAUUUUGUCAAAUGUUUUUAUUCUCAUUUUCAUCUUACAACCUAUGAGAGCCCUUUGCUUUUAUACAAAAUUUUCAUGUUAUUUACAGACAACAGCUAUUGUCCUAAGUUACAGUGUAAUAUCAGCAUUGCAGAGUGCAAUAUUUUAACUGACAUAUUCUCACAAUAAUCCUACUCUAAACUUCUUUUGCAUCCUAAUU